GCAGCAAGAAUUAUUGCCAAACUGGCUGCUUGGGGGAGGGAACUUAUGGAAGGCAGUGACUUGAACUACUAUUUCAACUGGAUUAAAACUCAGCUCAGUUCACAGAAACUACGUGGUACGGGGGGUUCUGUGGAAGCAGGAGCAGUCUCCACAAGUGAUAGUUCCCAGUAUGUGCAGUGUGUUGCCGGAUGCCUGCAGCUGAUGCUCAGGGUCAAUGAAUAUCGCUUUGCGUGGGUAGAAGCAGAUGGAGUAAAUUGUAUCAUGGGGGUCUUGAGCAACAAAUGCGGCUUCCAGCUCCAGUACCAGAUGAUUUUCUGUGUGUGGCUGCUGGCAUUCAGCCCUCAAAUGUGUGAAUAUCUCCGCCGGUAUAAUAUUGUUCCAGUGCUAUCGGAUAUUCUUCAGGAGUCUGUCAAAGAGAAAGUGACUAGAAUCAUCCUGGCAGCAUUUCGGAAUUUGUUAGAGAAAUCUACUGAGAGAGAAACUCGCCAAGAAUAUGCUCUUGCCAUGAUUCAGUGUAAAGUUCUAAAGCAGCUGGAGAAUUUGGAUCAGCAGAAGUAUGAUGAUGAAGACAUAAGUGAAGAUAUAAAAUUUCUACUGGACAAGCUUGGUGAGAGCGUGCAGGACCUUAGCUCCUUCGAUGAGUACAGUUCUGAGCUCAAGUCAGGAAGACUGGAGUGGAGUCCUGUACACAAGUCUGAGAAGUUUUGGAGGGAGAAUGCUGUGAGACUAAACGAGAAGAAUUACGAACUACUCAAAAUCCUGACAAAACUUCUGGAGGUUUCUGAUGACCCACAAGUGCUGGCUGUAGCUGCUCACGAUGUGGGGGAAUAUGUACGACACUAUCCCCGUGGGAAACGAGUGAUUGAACAACUUGGUGGUAAACAGCUGGUAAUGAACCACAUGCAUCAUGAAGACCAACAAGUUCGUUACAAUGCGCUACUGGCUGUGCAGAAGCUGAUGGUUCACAACUGGGAAUACCUUGGAAAGCAGUUGCAGUCGGAACAACCUCAAACGGCCACUGCCCGGAGCUAAACACGUCCGUCAGUUCAUGCUUGUAGCUACAGUAUGUUUGUCUUUAAUAUCGAGCAAACACUGAAAUCUCAUGUUCUUUGCCUGCUACUAGUGCAUAAACUUUCCAGCUGUUGUUGGCUUAGUAAGAAUUUGUUUGUUGAACUAGUUCUGAUGAUUAUGCCGAUUAGCUUCCUGCUGUAUUCUGAAUGUAUAUGAGGAAACGUGGCUGAUCUAUUGCGUUUGUUUUAUGUAUUUAUUCUCAUAAUAAAGAAUGUUAUU